AUGGAACAUAUGGAAUCUGUAGAAGUACAAUUAAAAGAACUUCAAAGUUUUUUAAAUGAUGAAAUUAUUAAAGAUUUCAGAAAGAGUUUUAAAGAACUUAGCGAGAUGUCAAAGAAUUUUGAAAAUUAUCAAAAUAUCGUUAAUUACGACACUAAGUUACGUCAAGUAUUUGAUGGCUUAAUCAACGAGAAAUUAAUUAAAAAUUCUCAGGAACUUAAGAAUCCAGAUAAUAGUCAGCAAUUUUUUUCUUCUUUGAGAAUUUUAAAAUUUUUAGCCAAAAAGAUAGCUUAUCUAAAAAGAAUAGAUAUCAUACAGGAUGUCUUGAACUCACCUCAUAAAAAGAAUAUCUUGUUUUAUAAUGCUCUGACAAAAGAAGAAAUUAACAAACGCUACCGAAAUCUCGUGUUGAAUUUCCAUCCCGAUAAAACGAAUCGACCUGAAAGUCGUUGUGCUCUUCUAGAUGAGCAUAAAGACCUAGGUGCUGAGCUAUUUGGAUGCAUUACAGAGAUUAAGGAAAGCUUAUUGGCCACUUACGAGAAAAUCAUAAACAAUGAAGGUUGGAAGUUUCAUAAAAAUAAUGCAGACGAUCUUUGGAAAAUAGCUAUAGACUACCGUAAUGCGGCUAAAGGACAAUGGAAUAAAUUAAAAUCACUAAAAAAAGAUAACAUCGGUGGACUUUCUUCUGAAUAUCUGGAGCUUAAUAGCGUAAACUAUGGAUUGCAAGCCUAUCAGGAAUACAGAGCGGCAUGUAAAAUUGUUGAUAAAGCUAAACAACUACGAGAACGAGUAAGGUUACGUGGAAGUAUUGCGUUAUGCUUAUACGUUUCAAAGCGACAUUUAGAGGCCCAGUUAUAUGCAUUGUCAGCAAUUAAGUUACAACUUAAGGAUUCUUAUGAAGUCACAAUAAAUGAUUGUAACGAGGCAAAAAAGAUAUUUGAUAAAGUUAGAGAUAUGAAUGUUACCGAGAAAACGCCUGAGUUAAAAACCGAGAUCAAUCUGAAUGUUAAUUUUGAUUACUCGCAGGCUGUAGUAAAAAGAGUGGAUCAAGAGAUAUCUUUUUCUGAAAAAUCAUCUUAUCAACGGUCAAUUGAUGAUGAUAUGCUAAAAAUAAGUGCUGAUUUAAUGCUCAAAGCGGACAGCAGCUUAGUUUGUUAUCAAAUACCUAAAGAAGAUAUCUUGCAAGCCAAGUACCAAUCAUGGCGUAAAACUAGAGUAGGCGGAAUUAUAGUAACUGGAGUAGGUAUAACUGCAACUGCUACUGCAAAAGUUAUCCAUGACACUGUCGUUUUGUUAGGAGUUUGUACAGUCGGUAGUACAAUCUGUAUCCCUUUCUGUUUGGCAACUGGAUUAAUUACCUUGGGUUUAGGAAUAUGGGGUGGUACAAGCUUAUGGAAAAAGGACCUAAUGAAAGAUCCAAAAACUCUCGAAAAUCUCAAUGAUAUAAUGAAGAGCGCACUAAAAGCUUAUAAUAAGGGCGAUUAUCAGCAGUUUAUCAAUGAACUUUCUAAAAAUUAUAAAACCGAUACCAGUCUUCUUACAUUAAGGAAUCGUUCUGAUGAUAGUUACCCUAAAGUCUUGAGCAGCGGGAAAAUUAAUAUUAAAGGAAAAGUAUCGAAGGAUUUAGUGUCACUAGCAAAGAAAAUUCUUGUUGAUGUAAAUUAUGAAAAACUUGAUGAGGAGGCCGAAAUUCUCGAUGGCCGCAUUCGUGAUUUGCGAUCAAACAACAUUUUUAAUAUUGUACUCAACCAAGUUGCCGAUUUUAUUUCUCUUAAAGGGUAUAGCAACAUAGCUAAGGAACAUAAGGAUGACGCUAAAAGGAUGCCCUUUAAAUUAAGGCUGAAAGAAAUGCGUAAUAUUGCAGACCUUAACCUAGCAAUUUUUGAUAUAAUUGACGGUGGUGAAGAAGAACUUGAACGAGCUAAAAAAACUAUUGAGGAAAUACGUGAUAAAAAUUAUGAUGAUAAGAAUUAUGAUUAUGGUUUUGUUGAAUUGCGUUUAGAAGUUUUGGAGGAUUUUUUAAUGAUCGUCUGUGGUGUAGAAUUACCUCUAAGAAUCGCUUCAAUUGCCUAA